CAUCAUCACCAUCAGCCUGUGACACUCCCUGUGAACAAGCAGCUCUCCUUUCUCUGCUGUUCCCAUCGCCGCCGCAGACCCGCCUCCGUUUCCUCCCUCUCUCUCCUCCUUCUCCUUCUGUUGUUUCUUUCUUUGAUCUCUUUCCUUUCCAUUUCCUUCUCCUUUACUCUUCAUAUCUCUCCCUCUCUCUUUAUACCGAGCCUUACCUCAGUCUGUCUCUUUACUUUCUUCUUGCUCAGCUCUUCUUCUCCAGUCUUCAGGGGAGCCUAAGAGAAUAACCCGAAGUCCGGUGCUUCCCUCGGUAACAUCACCGCCCAUCCCCGGAACCAGUGAAAAGGACCAAGAGCUCGGCGGGGAGUGAGAUCUCCUAAGAUGGUUGCUGCCAUCCCGGCGGCUACCGCCGCCACCCCGACGGCGACCACCCGCCCUCAAGCUCAGAAGAAGAUCCCGAACCCCUCUCCUCGCCGCCGCGAUCCCAUUUGCUCCGCCCGGCCGCCGCUGUCCCUCUCCGAGAAGAACAAUGCCGUCGCCCCCAAGUGCCCCCACACCAAAGAGAUGGGUUCCCGCUACCUGGCCUCUUACUCCCCUUCCUCAUCUUCCACUUCGGUUGCUAAAUGUGGCUCCUUUCCGUCUGCUUCGGCCUCCUCCUCCUCGAAAGGUCCUUCUUUUGCUUCUUCUUCUUGUUAUUCCGCUUCGACUGUGUCCUCUUCCUCUUCUUCUACUGCUAAUUCUUCUCAUCGACGCUCCCAUUCGCCUCUCCCCACUCCCCGACCCUCUACUCCGGUGGCACUGCCCCGGUCUUGCAUGCCCAGCCGAUCCAAAUCCGUCGACCGCACUCGACCUGCCGAUACCGCGAUUCGCCAUGCCACUAAUAACCCCACCGAACUCUCCUCCGCUGCCGCCAGAGUCCUUCGUACGACCACCAGGAGUCUCUCUGUUUCCUUCCAAGGUGAGUCCUUCUCCUACCAGACCAGCAAGGUCAGAAAUGUCUCUCCUUCCCCAAACAGGAGGCCGACUCCGGAGCGGCGGGGGCCUGUCACUCCCGCGGCCACUCCGGCAAGGAGCAGUUUUAAGUCGGAGAGUGCCAGACCGUUCGACAACCACCACCGAUGGCCCGGGACCAGGACUCAGCAGUUGACUCCACUUACGAGGAGCUUGGACUGCUCCAUUGGUGAGAAAGAUUCGGUCUUGGCAGCCAUGCGAUCCCUGAGGCAUUCCAUAGUUCUCAAUGAAGGUGCAAGGAGGGCCUCAUUUGACGGUGGUGACCUGUCCCUCUCAUUCGACAUUGAUAGCUUGUCUUCUGGUGGCAAUUCGGUGUCACAUGAGCGCACUACUCUGCCACCAAGGGGGCGGGCAACAUCCCGUGGAAUUGAUGUUCCUUCAAGGUUUCUGCAAGAGAAGGGACACCGGUUACACAGGUUGUCAGGGCCAGGUAUGCCGCAACCAUCAACUGGACUGAAGAGCACAGCCCCUACCAAGCUUGUUCCAGCAAAGAAAUCACUUGCAAAUGGCCUUCUGUCGUCUCCUGCAUCUGCACCUUCUACUCAUUAUGGUUCUUUCAGACCUUCUUCUCCUAGUAAGCUGACAGCUGCCUCACCAAGGGGCAUCCCAGGUGUUCAACGGGUGACAGAUAGCCUUGUGACAAGCUCCCCCAAUGUUGUUUCGCUGCCUGUUAAUGCUGCAUCAAUCUUUAACUUCACUGCUGAUAUCAAGAGAGGAAAAACUGGGGAGAGAUGGAUCAAGGAUGCACACCAGUUAAGGAUAUUAUAUAACCGGCUCUUGCAGUGGCGGUGGGUUAAUGCACAAGCGAAUGACAACUUUCUUGCUCAAAAAUUGGAUGAUGAGAAAUAUUUAUAUGAUGCCUGGAUAACUACCACAAAAAUGCAUGAGUCAACAGCAAUUAAAAAAUUCAAGCUACAAACGGACAGACAAAAUGUGAAGCUCAAUUCUAUUCUCAAGGGGCAGAUAACCUAUCUGGAAGAAUGGUCUCUUGUAGAUCAAGACCAUUCAAGUGCUUUACUUGGAGCCAUUGAAGCAUUAAAGGCGAGUACUAUCUGCCUUCCAAUUGUUAAUGGAGCAAAGGCAGAUUUUCAAGAAUUGAGAAAUGCUGUUAGUUCAGCAGUUGAUGUAAUGCAGGCAAUAGGAACCUCAAUAUGGACUAUAUUGUCUAAGGUAGAAAGAAGAAGUUCCAUGGUGUCUGAACUUGCUGAUUUUGCAACCAAAGAACAAGCCUUGAUGGACCAAUGCAGAAAUCUUUUGUCCACGGUAUCAGCCAUUCAUGUAAAACAAUGUAGCUUGUUAGGUCAUAUAACACAGCUGAGCAGACCAAGCCUGAUUCAAUUAUAGAUGGCAACUUGGCAUCAUCUAACUACUAACUCCACAGCAGCCUUUCUUUUUCUAACUCGCGACUCUGCAGAAGGCAACAGAGAAGGAAAGCUCAUCAGGUUCAGAUUGGGUGCUCAACUUAUGCAUGCAACCAUUUUGGUUAAGCAUAGGUUAGUUGAUUUCCAUCAUUGUUUGCCUUUCAGGGUGUGAGUUGUUGUGUAUA